UCUCCUCCUCAAGAUGAAAUAUGAAACCUGGACCAUUUGAGUCCAGCUUGUCCCACGGGUUCCCAGAUCUUCUAGUGCCAACAACGCUCUGCUUCUUCACCUCCUUUUUGCCCCACUUUCAACAUGUUUUGACUCUCUGACAGGAAACUUUCCCCCCAUUUUUAAUCGUUUUCGCAAAGACACCGACUACACUUUUUCUUUGUUUCUUCCUUGCAUCCGUUUCAUUUAAAAGCUGACUGGUGGGAUGUGAGAACACUGUUUAUCAGAGUGUGUUUUUACCACGCCGCAAAGGAACUACUUUUUUUUCACCCUGAACAAAAGAAGAAAUGGUGCCAAGAUUAUUGUGGAGCAUGUCUCUUGCUCUGCUUCUGUUUGGAUUAUUUUUGCUCACUUCAUCAUCCGCCAGAGCAGAACCGGAGCUGCUGGAUGAAGAGGAGGAAGAAGAGAGUUCUUGUCAAGGCGCUUUUGACCUCUAUUUUGUGCUUGAUAAGUCUGGCAGUGUGCAGAAUCACUGGGAUGAAAUCUACUAUUUUGUGGAAAAUUUAGCAGAGAAAUUCAAAAGUCCCAUGCUUAGGAUGUCCUUCAUAACAUUCUCCUCAAGCGCAUCAACCAUCUUAAAACUUACAGAGAAAAGAGUGGACAUCCAGAAAGGGCUGAAUGCACUGAAAAGAGAGACUCCAGGUGGAGAUACAUUUAUGCACCUUGGACUUUAUAAGGCAAAUGAGCAGAUAUACCAGGAGAACUUUGGCAAGGCCAGCGUAAUUAUAGCACUGACAGACGGAGAACUGCAAGAACAUCAACUUAUCGACGCACAGCAAGAGGCCGAGCGAGCCAGGUCUCUCGGUGCCAUUGUGUAUUGUGUUGGCGUUAAAGACUUCAAUGAGACUCAGCUGGCGACUAUUGCAGACACCAUCGAACAUGUGUUUCCUGUUUUGGGAGGCUUCCACGCCCUCCGAGGUGUUAUCGAUUCGAUUAUUAAGAAAUCUUGCAUUGAGAUCUUGGCAGCUGAGCCAUCCAGCGUAUGUGCAGGAGAGACAUUCCAAGUGGUGGUGCGAGGCAACGGGUUCCUCCAUGGCAGGGACAUCAACCAGGUCCUGUGCAGCUUUAAAAUUAACGAUACCAUCACAAUCAAUGAGAAGCCUGCAAGUGUAGAAAACACCUUCCUGCUAUGUCCAGCUCCUGUCAUUGAGGAAGUCGGAAAGGUUAUUUAUCUUCAAGUGAGCAUGAACGACGGUCUGUCUUUCAUCAGCAGUAAUGUGCACAUCAACACCACAGAGUGUUUUGAUGGCACCAUUCUUCUAAUCACCCUGCUGGUGUUGUUUCUCCUACUGGCCCUACUGCUCAUGUGGUGGUUCUGGCCUCUCUGCUGCACAGUGGUGAUCAAAGAACCUCCUCCUCCACCUCCUCCUGAGCCCGAGUCAGAUGAUGAAGAUGGUCUGCCAAAGAAGAAGUGGCCCACUGUGGAUGCCUCAUAUUAUGGCGGAAGAGGAAUCGGAGGGAUCAAGAGGAUGGAGGUACGUUGGGGCGGAAAGGGAUCCACCGAGGAGGGAGCAAAGCUGGAGAAGCCGAAGAACGCGGUGGUGAAAAUGCCAGAGCAGGAAUACGAACCCUUUGAGCCCAAACCCAAGAAAUCUCCCAAGAAGCCAACUCAGAACCGGAAGUGGUACACACCCAUUCGGGGUAAACUGGAUGCUAUCUGGGCACUGUUUCGUCGUGGGUACGACCAGGUCUCUUUGAUGAGGCCCCAGCCGGGUGAUCAUGGUCGGUGCAUCAACUUCACGAGAGUGAAAGCGGGGUCCCAACCGGCCAGGUCGGCACCGCGCAGCCCCAUCCACACCCCCUCACCGCCACCGCCGCAGCCUGACUACCACCACGUCCCAGACUCCCCCGUCACUUCAAGCCCUCCGUCCAGAGCACCGCCCGUGGUCCAGCUACCACCGGGUCCCCCACCAUCCCGCAUGCCCCCCGGGCUUCACUGCCCACCGCCGUCACGUCCACCACCUAGCCUGCGACCAUGAAUGACAUCCCCCACGCUUUCCCGCGGCCCCGCCCCUCUCAUGGACCCAUUUUGACUUCACUGACUGACUGACCUACCCUGUUGACCACCUCCUUCAGUCUACAGUUGGUCCUCCACCCUGGGAUUCUUUUGCUAUUCACCAAACAACACCAGCCUGACCAGUUAUCAGUUCAUUUUGUUCUCAUGUAGAAAAUCUGUCAAGUCAAACAGCCAAGAGUUUUAUAUCAUACUACGUGAGGCUUUUAGGACUUACCUUAAAGACUUACCUUAAAGACUUACCGUAUUGUUUGCAAUGUAUGUUUCACCAAGGGUGCUAUUAAACACUAUAAGGGACCAUUUCAUUUUUUGAAAGCCCUCAGAUGGCUAUACACAAUUGAUGAAAGAACUAUGACUCAGCAAUCAUAUAAAUGUUUAUUAUCACCCCUCACUGAGAACAUAUUUUAAUGAGCAAUAUCUUUUUAAUGAACAAGCACAUUUUUAUCAGUGUUUUGCACACCAUUUAACGGUUUGCCUUGUAGUUUAAGUUUUGUACAAAGUGAACGGGGUGAUGCAGGGAAUUGUUUAACAGGAUAAUUGUUGCAGGACAGCAAAACCUAUUGGGACCAAAGUCAACAGAUGAUUCAUUGGAUGUUUUUUUAAUCAACUACUGAGUUGUGCCUAUGCCAUCGAGAAGUGAAUGAAGUUUAGAAUCUGGGAAUUAUUUUUCCAAAAUUGAUUGGGUUGAGUUCAAUUAGCCAAAAUGCUGGUAUUAUUUUUGUCAAUGUAUUUUUUUUUUUUUGAGGCAACAACAUACUAAAGAGCAAUUUCUUAAUUCAGGAAAUCAUUUUGAAAGACAGACAUUUUUGUAAUAUGUUUUGACAGGGAAGUGUACAGAAGUUUUUUUCCUAAAAUAUGUGUUUUCAUUAUAUUUUUAUGAUGUGUUUUUGGUGGUUGUUUUUUCUCUUUGAGGCUUUGGAUUUUGUCCUUAUACCAUGUGAUUUGAUUUACAACACGACAAUAUGUAAUUUUUGGUUAUUUAGGUUCAUUUUAAAUCUGCACACAUAGCCUGCUGGAAAACAGUACUCUGUUUUUGUUUGCAUUUAUGGAAUUUAAAAGUCAUGAAUCCAAGCUGCCAUAAAUCAGGUUAAUGACUCUCCUCGACUUUUUGUGGCUCAAUCCUGAUUCUCUACUUUUGUAUUAUGCUAUGUCUGCAUUUUUCUUUUUUAAAUCAACAGUCACAUUGCAACUGCAGGGCAGUUCACAGAGCAACUAAUUUAUUUCCUGAGCGAAAUAGAGGAGAGUACUUGAAUAAUCGACAAGGUGUCCAACCACCGACUAUAAACACUGCACAGAGUCUAAACUAGGUUGCCAGUCAGACGAGGCCUAGCAGCUUUUUCAACAAAUUCAGGUUAUAACAGACCUUAGUAUUUCGAAUUGGGUAAAAUGUGCACUCACAGGGGCACAUUAGGUCUUGUUGGAAGUGAUGUAUUGGAUUGCAUUAUGUUGUUGUAAUGUCGUGUCCAGUGAAUGAGAUUUGGCAAUUAUUUUGGCUGGAGGGAUUGAAAAAUGAAAAAUAAUCCUUUUUGUUUUCUUCUAUAACUUGAUUUUGUCUCUUAUUGUGUACUUAAAUCAGUUAUGCCAUGGUUUCACAGAAUACAUAGAUAAUUGUUGCUUUAAAUCAAUUUUCAGCAGGAAAAGUUAUUACAUUUCCCUUGCUAUUUUGGCACUCCAAAUUACAAGUAUCAAAUCAGAAAACUCAAAUGUUUGAUUAAAGUAUUUAUAUCAAUUACAUGCAAUCAUUUUUAUUGACUUUAUCAUUAACCACUUGUCUUCUAUUGUGUGUAGUAAUCAUUAUUAUCCUCACGGUGAUUUUGAAUGAAUUUUUAAUGUGGCCAUAUGUCAUUGUUUGGAUUCAAGCUUUCAGAGUGGCUAAAACAAGGUGAACCUCAAGCAUCUCUGGCCUUUUGUAUUUCCUAAUGCAGGAAUUCCAUUAUGGGAAACAGCUACAGUGGCUUACAUGUGGGUAUGUGACAUUUUUAAGAGGCAUGUGUUAUGCUAAUCAGUGCAGUAUAAAAAAAAAAAGCAGUUGCGAUGCAAAUAUGAAAGACGUAUAUGAUUUCUUGACUGGUUUGAUCUUUUAAACUGUAUCAAUAAAGGUUGACUUCCAAGCUUC